UACCAAACAGAACAGUCUGACCGAGUGUUUGCAAAGUCUGGCAAUCGUAGGCCUACGUAGACAGCGUAAGGUGAAGACACACGGUUGCCUGCUGUAUUCGUGGGACCAUACAGUACCGCCCAAGCGCGAUGGCGCACACAACAAGCAGAAUUUAUCGGCCGUCCAACUUGUCGCAUGCAAUGACACUGGACGACAGCGUAGAUAGUCACUUCUCGACGCCUUCCAAGGCAGGCUCGCAGUACCGUUCGAGCAAAGUAUCAGGCCCCUCGCCCUCGAGGCAGCCCCAAGGAGAGCUGCAUCAGCGGUCUGCAAGCGAGGGGUCAGACAGCCUCUCAGGCGGCGAAUCGCAAAGCGAGACAGGGCGGCAACUAUCUGGGUACUCACGUCGCGGGAACGACUAUCGAAGUGCAUCGUCAGGCAGCCAUAGCCGCUCAGACAGCUUCACAGAUCGAUCUGACAGUGAACAGGAGCAAACAGACACGCUCGACCGUCGUGCACGCAUCGUCUCUGGAUCUGACUCGUCGGAUGGCUCACACGCUAGGCACCACUCUCGCGACUCGCUCUCGGGAUCAGAGAUCGAGCUCAUGAUGUCAGACGAUGAUCAUCUUGCGCGCAAGCUCCAGCAAAGUAUAGGCAGGGGCAACAUCACAACUUCUACACCCGGCCGACCAAUCCGACGCGGCACAGCGAGCAACAAGAGAAAUGGCAUCCGCGCAGAAGACGACCUGAGCCUCCAUUUCUCGCCUUCUUCUGCCUCUGAGGACGAAACGACGCGGGCCAGUCGCACUCAGCACAGCCGCAGCGCAUCAGACGCAAGCUCGACCUCGGUGCAUCACGUACACACAUCUGAGACGUCGAAAAGCGGCAGUCGUGCCGUCGAGAUACACCGCAGCUCUGGCAAUGUGGUCAGUAUUCCAGCGUCGACAUUCGAUCAGCAAGCACUGGGCGAACAAUCUGCAGAAGAAGACAUCUAUCUUAGCGGCAACAAGACAGACGCCUCCGGCUUCAGCGCGUUCGCUGGCCAUCUUAGACAGCAAUUCGAGGAUCUUCAUCUAGCGCGCGUCCAGGCUUCGGCGAAACGCAAGAACGUACCUUUGCCCUCGGCCGUACUACCAACGCUUGCGGAGAUCAGCGACAGUCCGCUAGCCGUGAUGUCUGCCUUCAGACAAGACCAGAAUGCAACGCCUGUACCGACAAGACGAACCGAAGCGGCUUUUCCUAAACCAGAGACGGUAAGAAAGACAGCGACCUUUGCGCCGACCCCUCCCAUGAGUCGACAAAGAUCUUUUGGUGACAACAUCACGAAUCAAACCUCCUCGCCCUUGCAACAAAUCCAGUCCAUCAGGCUUAGCGAACCAAAGACGCCUGCGCCUCGUGUCAGAUCGAGCGCUGUCAAAGCCAAGACGACCCCUAGACCAGUCGCGCCUGCCCGGCUCGCCUCAUCUUCAGCGCCAGUACAAAGCCAGCCUGCUUAUGCCAAGCCGACUGCCGCUCACUCGGCACGUGCGACCAGGCCAAAGUCAGCCAUCAAGCCGUCGCAUCACUACGAACGAGACGAUGCGCUAGCACUGCCUGAUCAAACCUACUUGACCGAAAUCGCAAGCAGUCCAAACAGAAUCCGCAGUCGCGUGCAUCUCAAAUCAGCGCGUCCAGCGCCUGUCGAAGAUGAGCCACUCGCUCAGGCACUAUCGCAGCUGAAGCAACGUCUCGUCCAGCUCGAAGACGAGAACCGCUAUUCCACCGCGCGCGUGAAAGAACUCGAGCAGCAUCCAGCAAGUACUGCCGUGCCUCGACAGACAGAGCAAACGCAGACUUCGCCACAUGCCGCGCCGCCGAAAACUCACCGAGAGACGCUCAAUGAUCAGCUCAGACAGGCACAAGAUCGUCGCCAAACCCUUGCCGGACAUGUUCAGGGCAUGAGAGGUCACGUAGAAGAACUUGACCAAUCGAUUCAUCUACACCGCGAUGCCCUUGCGGAUCUACAGAAAAAUUAUGAGCAACAAACCCAGACAACACCCAGCGUCCAGCGAACAGGCCGUGACAAAGCUUGGCGCGGCGAUGUCCUGAAGCUUCAGACCGGACUUGAUCACCUUGCAUCAGAGGUGCGCGAAGCACGUGAUCUUGUCAAUCGCCUCGCGACCGAGCAGCCCACGCCACGGCCUGCGCGUGCUAGCCACCACGCUACCGUCCAGACCGCAGUCUUGGGCAAGCAUGCAGGCAUUCAGACCUCAGCCGAAGCCUUCGCCCUGUCUUCUUCAGCUGACCGACAUGGCUCGAACUUAUGUACGCAAGUUGCCGAGGCCAAGCGCACGCUCGAAACGGUGCCCAAAGAUCACGGACCUCACAACUGCUCGGAAUGCUUACAAUUACAGCGCGAGCAAGAGGCCGCUGAGCAAGCAGAAGCACAGCGACUGGCUGAACUCGAGCGUCAACGACUUGCAGAGCUAGAAAAGCAGCGCCGCGCUGCAGCGGAAGAACGUCGAAAGCAGGAGGAAGCCGAGGCUCACCGACAAGCUCAAGCUAAGAUCGACGCCGAGAUCCAGCGCAUUAGUCGCGUCAAGGCGCAAGCCGAAGCGGCUUGGCAAAGACAGCAGGCACAACGCGGUGCAGACGAAGAUGGCUACGCAGGCGAAGUCGACGAUGAUUCGCGAGAGCUCAGCCGAUCUCUUUUGCCUCAAACAAUCAUCUCGCGUGCCAUCCAGCAGAAGGAAGAAGACUUUUGGGGCAAGAUCAGCAUUUACGAAGAGCUAUCUGCAACCUUCACUAAGAUGGAUCCGGCUGCUAAUCCCGUCAAGCGCAAAACAUUGGCAGCACAUCUACAAGAGAGUAUCGAGGUCAUUGAGAUUGAAGCUGCCGAAAUCCGUCGCUUCUAUGAGCUACUCGAAUUCACAGGCCCUGUUGACGAGCUCAAGACGAUCAAGAAGCUGCGCAAGCAGCAUCUUCGCAAUCACUAGCCGUGUCGUCGUUCUUGUCAGGCGCCCCAAUGUAUACUUGACGUACGCGCGUUUGAUUGACAACAACAUUGAUGGUUACAGAGCUAUGCUUCUGAUUCUGCGUUCUCUUCGCUGCUCUGCAUUUGAUGCAGGGCCUUGAGACUGGACUCGAUGCAGGAAGUAAUCUGUUGCUGCACUUCGACAAGCGUCCUGAGCUGCUUCUGCACCGCUUCGUGCGCCGGAUCAGCGUGGGCAGAAGAACACGCAUACUCUGCGCUAUGACGAGACUUCUGCAAGAAAGUCUGCAGAUCCCUUGUGAAGCUUGGACGAUCGGCGGAGCCGUCUUCGAUAUCGAAGAGGGGGAUCAACCGCGGGAAAGAGCGUAUGCCGCGUUGAUGUUCUCGCUCUUUGCCUUUGCCCUUUGCCUUGCUCAG